UGCAGCUCCUCAGGCUGCUGAUUGGCUUUGUAUGACGUCGUAUGAGGAAGGAAACAGCUCAACCAGCUACAGUCAACUUCCUAACAGGUUAGAAAGCGGAGCAGGGGACGAUGUCAGACAGAAGAGUGGUGGUGUUCAUCUCGGCAGCUGAGCUCGGCCCAGCUCUGGCCCAUCUCAUAGCAUCUCGGGCUGAGAAGGCCUUCAGCAGUGGCGCUAGUUCUUUUUCCCUCGGUCUCUCUGGAGGAAGUCUGGUGUCCAUCCUGAGUAAGGAGCUGCCUGCGGUGCCGAACCUGGACUGCAGCCGAUGGCUGGUGGGCUUCUGUGAUGAGCGACUGGUUCCUUUUGAUGAUCCCGAGAGCACUUAUGGGCUUUAUAAGAGCCAAUUGUUCUCAAAGAUUAAUAUUCCAGAUGACAGGGUUUUGGCGAUCGAGCCGUCUUUACCGGUGCAGGAGUGUGCAGAGGAUUACGCCAGAAAGCUGAGUAAGGCAUUCAAGACAGACCAAACCCCGGUGUUUGACAUGUUGUUGCUUGGUAUGGGGCCUGACGGACACACAUGCUCUCUCUUCCCAGACCACCCGUUAUUACAGGAAAAGCAGAAGACUGUAGCUCCGAUUAGUGACUCUCCCAAACCACCUCCUCAGAGGGUCACCCUCACACUGCCUGUGGUGAACGCAGCCCGAUGCGUGGUGUUCGUAUCCACUGGAGGCAGCAAAGCCCCUGUGCUCAAGCAAGUACUGGAGGGUGGAGAUGGUCCAGUCCUGCCUGCAGCCCUCGUUGCGCCGACCCAGGGCGAGCUCUUCUGGCUGGUGGAUGAACCAGCAGCCGCCUCCUUAACACUCGAUGUGGAACGACCAGGACCUGAUGCUAAACUCUGAUCUCAGAACAGGAACUGGCUUUCUUGUUAAGCCUGUAUUUACAUAAAAUAAAGAUUUAAUUUUGUGGCAUCACAA